AAAAAUAAAUAAAUGUGUGCUUCUGUGUACUUGUAUAAAUUUGAUGUAUAAUAAUUCAUGGACAUCGGGGAUUGAAGUGCAUAUUCGCCUGCAUGAUUCUUGAAGAGGUCCUGAGUUUGUGCAACAGAAAGAACGUGAUCUUCAUUGUUCUAUGCGCCGCGGUGAUUUACGUGCACCUGAUCAUCGGGAAGAACGAGUGCGUCGGCGGUAGAGGAUCGCGGUGUCGCGACGACGAGGAGGCAUCGAGGUUCCUGAUCGCGCUGCAACUAUGCGGAAAGCGUUUCCCGUGCUCGCGCUAAUCGCAUUCGCGUGUGACAUCUCGCGCGACGUUCCGGUCCACGGCGACCCCGUCGGGAAUCCGGAAGUUGCGGGAAGAAGCAACGACUAUGAGUACCAGAAAAGACCUAAUGGACGGUUCGACGACGCAGAAGCGCCGUCGCGAAGAUCGGUGAAGGAUCGCGAGCGAAGUCCGAGCGAGCCCGUAGGUAGAUGGAGAAGCAACGGCGAGGCUCUCGAGCCGAAGUGGCGAGACGGCGAUUACGUGCCCCUACUUCCGUUCUCUCACUACCGGCCCUAUACGAAAGACGAGGAGGUCGACGACGCGGAGGACCUUCCCGAGACGAGUCGCCGACCGUUUAAGUAUCGUUCCUCGCUCGAUCAACCGAAUCGUCCUCGAGAAAGUCCAGACCGACGAGGUCAUCCUCCGUCCCUGGACGACUAUGACGGAGCAGCGACGUAUCCGGGAACCACUCCCGAGGAUUAUCCGCGCGAGAAACAACGUUCGUCGAAAAAUCCACGGGAGAGUUCGACGCUCGACGAGGAAAUAAUCGAAAGCGCGGCGAGCAACGACGGGAAACGCGGCCGCAACGUCGUCGACGACUCGAUUAACGACCGGGAGAUGACCUCGAGGUACCGCGAGGCCUUCCAAGCUCGACCCGACGCGUACGAGCAGGAAUUCAAUGACGACGAGUACAUGAGGCCUCGCCCGAGGAAGAGGAGACCGCCACAGAAUUACGAAUUCGCUCUGGCGAACGAAGCGGCUUCCAACGAGGAGAACGAGGAAUCGAGGGAUUCCCCUCGACUUGCGUUGUCAAACAUCGAUGAGAAUCUCCCGGAAGUGGCGCAACAAUCCUCCGACAACGAGCGGGAGAACGCGCUCGAGCUGAAGUCGCUCCUGAAGAUGCAGCAAGAGGAGGGCUCGAGUCUGUCCGAGAUUCUGCAACGCAGGAAUCUGAGCCUGAGCGACCUCCUGAAGGGCAAAGCCGACGUGAUCAACGCUCUGAAGUCGAGGAUCGCCGACGAGUCCGACGAAUACAUCGAGGAGAUGUCGAGGGCGAUGUCCGAUUCCUUAAUGAAGCUCGCUGCAACGGUGACACCACCCUGGGGGUCCAUUCCGCCUGAAAGCAGUACUAUAAAAAUUGUGACAGCUUCAAAUACUUCAGACGACUCCAUGUCCAGGAUAUCGAUCCCGCAGAAAGUUUCAGAGAACCAUGAUCAAGUGGUGUCUUCGAACGACACGAAUCGCGUUGAAGAGUCGAAGGAUACUGAAAAUAUCGCGAACGGGGAUUUUUCAUGGCAAAAAAUGACUUCAACGACUCCUCCAAUCGUCUCGACCGUGAUUACCACGACGACGACGUCGCCGUCGAUCGCGGUGAACUCCAUGGAAUACUUUCUGAACGAUGACGGGAACGCGGGCUCGACGAGCGACCGCGUGGCGAAGUUCGAGAACCUCGACGAGGACGAGAUCAUGGAGUUCUCGGAUUUCACGGACUUCAAGAAAGGAAAAUCUUCAUUAAAAGCGUUAAACGAGGAGAUCGCCUCGCAGCCACCUCUCGAUAUCGAGUCCACCUUGAGCAUCGAGCAAAUUCUCAGUCCCACGGAGAGCGAUAGUGUUAUCACUGAUGACGACACUGAAAGUAGCAAUAAAACAAUUAUUCAAGACAACGGUCAAUCAAUUCCUAUUAACGAGCCAGGAUCUGUGGAAGAUUACAACACGUUUAUCGAAGCCGAGUACCAGAACGAUGCUCCAAUCCCCGAAGACCAUAAAAAACAGAAUAAAGCGAGGAGUGAUCCAAGCGCUAGUCAAAUUGACGCUGUCGCGAGUCCACUUGAGAAGAAACAACCCGCGAAUCCAGUCGAUGAUAUAAAGAAGCUGUACGAGAAGAAUCACUCGACCGAGUAUCAUCAGGUGACCCGAUCACCGGAAAAAAUUCACAAUCACGCGAGUCUGGAGAAUCAUCAAGGUAGCAGACGCUACGAGGAGGUCGUCUCCGAGAUCGAGCCGGAGGCACGAGCUGAGAUCUUCGAGCUAUUCGCGUCCGGCUCAGCUGGCAAAAGACUAGAGCGGCUUCUAAAGUCGAGGAACAUGAGUGUGGAGGAGUUGAUAGCGCUGCGUCAAAGAGGCUCCAGCAAGGUGCACUUGACGGAAGUGUCGCGACUCAAGGUAACCAAACCGCAGAACAAUCUUCAAACCUUGGAAGCCACCGAUACAAAUAAUGAAAAGAUCAUCAUACAGCUGUCACCAGCUAGCAAUUCCAAUGAAGGUAAAAAGAUCUCCGAGAAGGAAGGCACGAAGAAGCAUGAAGAAAAGACGGAAGAGUCGAUGGCUCGGUUGAAGCAGGAAAUCAUGAGCUAUCUACACGAUCCGUUCUUCGGCAAGGACGUGGAGAACAUGUCGAUGUCAAGAUUACUGGAUCUCGUGGAGCGUGACAAGAAGAAUGCGUCAAGGGAAGCAACAUUUCCUGAAAAUGAGACAUUAGAUGAACACAGUGAACUGCAGAAUUCUCGUCAAACGAUGCACAUCGUCGAUCUACUUACGACAUUUGAAUCUCUUCCUUUCGCGAAGGACGUACAGCGGCAGUUCGACGCAGCCGAAAUCGCUAACAACAGAUUCGAAUCGAAGGACCCUAAACUUCCAACAGACAAGGAUAACGCGAGCGUAGUGUUAGUCGAAGAAGAGACAAAGAUCCUCGGAGCGGACAACUCCUCCGGCCAAUUUCACGCCGGAUACGUGGAAGAAAUCGUGAGGGAGGAACCGAACGUCAUCGAUAUAAGGACGAUUUACGGGGAGAGGAUGAGCGACGGGAAUGAGAAGAGGACCCUGUCGCAGAUGAAGCCAAGCAUCAUAGCUAGCGGCGCGAUAUUGGGCGUAACGAUCGUCGUCUUUCUGGCGAUCUUCAUCAUCUGCCGGAUCCGGCAGAAGCAGAAGUACACGUACAGGAACUCGUUCUCCCGCGCGGUGUUCCAGAACCCGGUUAUGGCGGCGAGAAAGCUGUCGAAUUCCAGCAGUCUGAGCACCGUGAUGGUGAACGUCGUCGCGACAUCGACGACCAAGAGGCCGGAGAGAACGGAAAUGCAGGAGACCGUGGAAGAGCUGGACGGUAAAAGCGACAUGGACAACGACUCGUUGGACGGGAACGAUAGCUGGGAGACGAUACCCGAUUACGCGAAAUAACUCGUUGCCGAAAUGGCAGAAUUCAUACGAUUUUAGUCUAUCAGUUUGAUGCAGAGAAGACUCGUCGCGUUUAUCAAAUAAAGUUAAAAAUGACAUUAAUCUAUUUUAAAUUAUUUUUU